AUGGUAAAAUCAAAAAAGCAACAAUCUCUUCUGACUGCUCAAUUGGGUAAAGAUGAAGCCAAGGAGGCACAGGAAAACGAGAUAGAGGCCCUGAAAGGCAAGUUUCAUCGAGAUUCGCCUCUGUCCAACAUGGAAUGCAUCUUAUUUUAUGAUCGCGGUCAUAAUCGGUCAUUAUAUUUAAAUAACUUUCUUAUAGCGAUUUUCAUGGAUGACUAUGAACCAGUGACUGUAACUUCUGCUUGGAAGGUGUCACCGACAGGCCAUGAAUUUAAGCUUCAUCUUUGGCCACAAGAACAAGAAUUAAAGAAUCAUGUGUCUGUGGAUUUGCACGUCAAGCUUCCGAAAACAUAUCCGCGUUCCGCUCCAGAUAUCAAAAUUGAAAAUGCUCAUGGUUUAUCAGCAGUACAUUUACAACAAGUUCAAGGACACAUAUCUAGAUUAAUAAAAGAAAAUCUAGGACAGGAAAUGGUUUAUACCGUUGCACAAUUUGUCCAAGAAUUUAUUACAACGAAUAAUAACGGAAUUCACAUUGUUAAUAAUGACCUUACUUCUUUUCAUGAACAAAUGUUGAACCGAAUUGAACAGAGGACUAAGGUGGAACAAGAAGAGAAGGAUCGCGCUCGUCAACUGGAGGAACAGGAACGCGAAAUAGAGAGUAUGAUAUUGAUGCAGAAAAUCGAACAAGAAACAUUACGCAAAAAAGCAAAAAGCGAAGAAGAAAAGCAGAAAAGAAAGAUGAUGAAAUUCAAAGAUGAACAAAAUUCAAGGACAUUAAUUGGAACGCCAAUUGCCUUUCAAACGGUUGAUUUUGAAAAGUUGAUAGUAUUAAAUUCCAAUGAUUUACAGGAGGAUGCAUCUUUCAAAUCCGUUAUUCUCGGUCCACUAAUUGGCAAAGGAACUAUUGGCUCGACAUACAUGGCUCAACCCACAAAUUUUCAAGGGAUCAAUGCGGAUUCAUUAAGUCGUCAUAUUUUGAUAUUGAAAGAUAUCGUAAUAAGUUCGCCAUAUUAUUUAGAGCUUUCCAGCAAAAAGACGCUUGAAGAAAUUGAGAAAGACUUUGAUCGCAUGAAAAAAAUCAGGCAUCCAAAUUUAAUCAUUAUCCAUGAAUCAGAAUUUGAAAGGUGUGAGGCUGGGUGGAAUUUGCACAUACUUAUGGAGUACGCACGUGGAGGUACAUUAGUUGAUUUAUUAAAAAAAUGUGGAGUUGUUCGAUUACCUCUGGCAAGAGAAUACAUGAGACAACUGCUGAAUGCCUUGGAUUAUAUCCACGCCAAUAGCUUUGUACAUAAAGACAUUAAAGCUUCCAACAUACUGUUUUCCGAGAUCGAGGGAAAAGAGGGAUUUAUCGCAAAACUAUCAGAUUUUAAUUAUCAUCGCAUGUUAUUAGACUUGCAUCAAAAAUAUCCAUUUUCUCAGUGCGCCGGUAAAGAACCGUGUAAAAGAUGGACAUCUCCAGAACAAGAAAAAAAUCCCAAAUUAUAUUCCAGGAAAAAUGACAUUUGGUAUCUUGGAAUAAUUUUUGUCCAGAUGUUGUUCGGAUUAAAUUCUAUUGAAAAAUAUGAUUCCUUAGACGAUCUGUUGGAAUCUGUUGAAAAUGAAGUACCUUCAGAUGUUCAGGAUAUUUUGAGAAUUAUGCUUGAACAAAAUCACGAAAAGAGGCCUACUGCGUUAGAGUUGCUUACGAAACCAUUUUUCAGUGGAGGUUUAAAUUUUUUGGACACACCUUUAAAGUUCGUUGUGUCAUUAGGUGCAACAAGUAACACGAGAAACAUCCAUCAGAUUCUUUCCAAAGAAAAUAAUGACCUUCCUGACAACAUUUGUGAGAGUGCUUCACAAUCCGCAAUUUCUCAGUCACCUUCGUCUCAAAGCAAUACGACUUUCUCGAGAUAUCGUCUUGAUUUUGAAGAAAUAGAUUUUCUCGGAAAAGGCGCAUUUGGUGAAGUGGUUAAGGCGAGGAAUAAAUUAGAUGGCAGGUAUUACGCAAUAAAAAAAGUUCGCCUCAAUCCGAAAAAUAUAGAGAAGACUCGAAAGAUAUUGAGGGAAGUGACCACUUUAUCAAGGUUGCAUCAUCAAUAUGUAGUCCGUUAUUACACUACUUGGUUCGAAGACUCGGAUAGUGCAUGGGAGGAAACUAAAUCUUUUAGCGAAAGUAUAACCACUAGCGAAGAAGAUGAAUCUUCUGAUGGUCUGACGAACAUUGGGGUGUUUUCGGACGAUGAUGAUGUCGGAUUCUUGUCCGCCAGUGCGUCUAAAAGCAAUGGGUACUCGGGGAUUCAAUUCGAAGAUUACGCGUCAACCGAAUCUGAUUCAGAGUUUGAAAUGCAGGAAGAUACAAAAGUUAUGCUCGCAAGCAAAAAUCGGAAUGCUGUUACUAAAAAGCCUUCAUCAAAAGAGGGAAAGACUCGCAUUCUAUAUAUACAAAUGGAAUACUGUGAAAAGAAAACGCUGAAAGACAUCAUCGAUGUUGGAGUUAAUCCAGAAGAAGGCUGGAGAAUAUUUCGUCAAAUCCUAGAAGGACUUGCACAUAUUCAUCGAAGCGGCACGAUUCAUAGGGAUUUAAAACCUAGUAAUAUUUUUUUGGAUGCCAACGGCGACGUGAAGAUUGGUGACUUUGGGUUAGCGACUACGAGUGAUGCGUUCUUUGAUCCUGGGUCAUUCAGAAUACCCAAUCUCGAUAGAAUGGGCAGCCGGGAGGAUUCAUUGACUAGAGAUAUUGGUACAACAUUAUAUGUUGCCCCAGAGGUUGCUAGUGGUAAUGCAUUAAUUGGAGCCCAUUACAAUCACAAAGUUGACAUAUAUUCCUUAGGUAUUAUUUUCUUUGAAAUUUGUUACAAAUUUUCAACCGAGAUGGAGCGUCGUAUGAUUAUUGUCGAUCUGCGAAAGUCAGAAAUAGUAUUUCCUAAAGAUUUUCCCAUCGAUAAAAUGGUUAAUCAGGCGCACAUAAUUCGCUGGUGUUUACAACACAACUAUAAAAAUCGUCCAACCAGCCAAGAGCUUUUGAAAAGUGAAUGGUUACCAGCGAAAGUGCAAGAUGAAUACAUGGAAGAAUGCAUAAGAAGCAUGGCUAAUCCAAAUACACCAUACUACCGCACUUUGUUGUCUACUUUGUUCUCCCAAUCUUCCAACAAACAUGAGGAUUACACUUACGACUUCAAAUCUGGUUCAUCCUUCGACCAAUCGACUGCACUUAUCCUUGGACGCGUUCGAGAUGUCUUGACCAAAAUAUUUCGCCAUCAUGGUGCGGUUGAAUUAAGCACUCCAUUGUUGAUGCCGAAAUCGGAAAUUUAUGAAGAUAAAAAGGUGGUUUACUUGAUGGAUAUUGAAGGUGGGAUCGUUCAGCUCCCCUACGAUCUGACGGUUCCUUUUUCAAGAUAUGUUUCUCGGAACAACAUUAGUGAUUUAAAGCGAUAUACUUUUGACCAAGUAUACAGGGAAAAUGCAGUCGGUGGUCAACCUCGUUUUGUUAAUGAGGCAGACUUUGAUAUAGUUCAUUCGACAUGCACCCCAAUGGUCGCUGAAGCCGAGAUCUUUAAAAUCGUAGAUGAAAUUAUUGAAGAAUUUUCUCAACUGAAGAAUGUCAAUUUCUGUUUUUACGUGAACCACACAAAUAUUCUAAAAACAAUAUUUGAUUGUUGUCGUAUACCAGAAGAAUACCAUACUGGAAUUUGUAAUCUACUUGGACAAAGGCACACCAUGAAUCAACUGAGGAAUCAGCUCUCAAACGAUUACAAGCUACCGAGAAGUGUACUAGAUGACUUUGUUCUUUUUGAUAUAAAAGGUGAUUUAGAACUCAUCACCAGUGCUUUCAAGAGGUUGAUACCAACGGACCUAAUGCGUGCGCGCAUCCAAGAGAUUAUCGACGAUUUUCAACUCUUGUUAAAAUAUGCUAAAUGUCUUGGCGUUCAUUAUGAAAUAAGAUUUGCACCUCUAUUAACAUAUAACAAUCACUAUCACGAUGGCAUAAUAUUUCAAGUUUUAGAUGAUAAUAAUCAUAAAGAUGUACUCGCUGCGGGAGGAAGAUAUGAUACUUUAAUGCAGCGAUUCCACAACCCUGUUCAAGUUGGUAAUAAACAACCGGUCUAUGCAAUAGGAGUUAAUAUUUCAGUUCAGAAAAUCGUAUAUACUCUGAGAAGUUAUCAAUCAGAUCUCCUCAAAAUGAAUCAAGCCAAGAAAUGUGAUGUGUAUGUUGCAAGUUUUGGGAAAGUCCUUUUGGAAGAACGCUUAGAUCUUGUUCGUGAAUUAUGGGCACACAACAUCAAAGCAGAUUUUAUGUAUGAAGAGCCACCUGAUUUUACACCCGGAAUUCUUACAAGCUUUUGCAAGAAGCAAGGCAUCAAUUGGAUCGUUAUCAUUAAGCACAAAGGUCAGGAUUUAUACAAGGCCGGUUCUUCCAGAGAUGCACUGGUUACUGUUAAAGUGAAAAAUUUGCUGCUAAAGACUGAAGAAGAAGUUCCAAGAAACGAACUUUUCGUAAAACUUCAUGGCGAGAUUACCGAACAAAUGAGAAUUGAUAUGCUAGCUUCUGGCCUCGAUCAAUCCACGUAUGAUAUCAACAAUUCAAAUCUACCUGUACAAGCCGAUUCUUCAACUCACCAAUCAAAAUUAUCAAUAUACAUUGUUGGACUUCCUACAACGAUUAAAAAUUCAAAGAAGAUGAAGCACAAAAAAUUGUUGAUAGAUAAAGCCUCCUCUAGCAUAAUUGGAACCAUGGAGCAUAUCAAAAAUGGCGUUAUUCCAGUAUUGGCGCUGGAUGUGAGCCGUGAAAUCUUGCGCAAACUUGUAGAUUGUAACGUAUUGGAAGAUGAAGCAUUCAAGAGCAAAGUGCUGGAUUUAGCCCCUCCACAUCAAAAAGAGUACUUAAUUUACGUGCAAGAUGUUCUAAAAAAUCAACGAAAUCAAAAUGAGAAUAGACAAAUCUGGUUAUACUCUCAUAAGGACGAUUUUGGGGUGCUAUAUCA